AUGGCAGAGCCCCAACCUUCCGGUGUUCAGGAAGGCGCUGCCGACCCUCACGCACCCACCGGUACAGCUGAAGACCGCAAAGCCGCCGCCGCCCUCUCUACUCUCGAUGCAUCACAAGAAGGUGAUAACGGCUCGAAGAAGGAAGUCGAUGGAAAGGCACUAGACAAAGCGAUGAAAGGGUUGAAUGUCAAGGACAAGAAAGAAGGCGAGAAGAAGAAUGUCAAAAUUGAAGCCGCGGAUGUUACCCUACUGGUUAACGAGCUCGAAGUUACGAAGCCAAAGGCGACGGAGCUGUUGCGCGCGCAUGAUGGCAACGCGGUGAAGGCUAUGAGCGCAUUUGUCAUGGCGGCGCCUUGA